AGUUGUCGGGCCACUGUGGCGGACAGGGUGAUCCGCAUUCGCGCAAAACACGUCGCCGCGAUCCCGUCGUGCUACGUUAUCAUUUCUGUGGAGCAGAAAGACGGCACACGCGCACCACGUUGUGUCGUGAGUCAUUGUUGUGUUGACAGUCGAAGCAAGCGGGAGGCAGGAAAGCGGACAGGCGAGCAGGCAGGCAGGCAGACAAGCGGGUUGCCGCUUCUCAGCGGACCGGUUGUUGUUGCAUCGGCGUAGUGCACGUCAAAAAAAAAAAAAAAAGAAACGUGCGUUAAACAUCGCUGUCUUCUGCGCCGAUUUUGCUCGACUUCGACUUGUAUCAGGUGUCACCGGGGUGAUUGGUGCGCGAUACGUCGAGUGACGUGACGGAGUCCCGUGAGACGGAGGGACGGACGGAGGUGCGGCGUGGAGUAAGGAGAGACGGCAGUCGUACCGCGAGUGAAUUUUUGCGUACAGCCGCGAGCGGCUGUUAUGUAAUCGCUGCAGCGCGGAGCGAAGUGUUUGCGCGUUGACGUAGGCAAAGAAGGAGAGAGAGAGAGAGAGAGAGAUAGAGAGAGAGAGAGAGAAAUAGAGAGAUAGAAAGAGAAAGAGUGAAAGACGACGGAGAACGUCGCAGAACUCGUCGACGUGUUGAAACUUCAAGAAAGUCCGUCGUUCUAUUUAACUCUUUGGGGCCGGCUAAGCGAGUCGUGUGCCACUCCGGGGGGAACGACCGCUUUCCCGUCCGGAGGCGAGAAAUUGGAAGGAGUCGAGGGUAAAACCUCGGUAUUUCCCUAAUCGAGGCGAAGUUAAUUAGCCCGGCGGCAUCGAUGGUGCGCAGCCUAACGAUGGAGCAGACGUUCUACGAGGACGCGAGCGUCUACGGCGCGAUGAACGGUCGCGAGAACAGCGUGGUCCAGCUGAAGCGGAACCUCACGCUCGACCUGAACGGUUGCCAGAGGCAGGGCUCGCAGGCGAAGAGGCCACGGUUGGGCCCGUUGCCGCCCGCCCUGAACAACGUCACCCCGAUUCUAAGCUCGCCGGAUCUCAACAUGCUGAAGCUGGCUUCACCGGAGCUGGAAAAAUUGAUCAUGACGCAACCGGACGGUCUAGUGACCAGUCUACCCACCCCGACCACUCAGAUCCUCUUCCCCAAAGCGGUCACCGAGGCCCAGGAGUUGUACGCGCGCGGCUUCGUCGACGCCCUCAACGAGCUUCAUCACUCCGACAGCUCGCAGGAACCCGGCAGCAUGCACGGCGCGACGUACACGACUUUGGAGCCGCCCGGUAGCGUGCAGAGCACAGAGUCCACCAUGAGCAAUCCCGGCCUGGUGCACGUGAAGGACGAGCCGCAGACGGUGCCGAGCGUGUCGAGCACGCCGCCGAUGUCGCCGAUCGACAUGGAGAACCAGGAGAAGAUCAAGCUGGAGAGGAAGCGGCAGAGGAACCGCGUGGCCGCCUCCAAGUGCCGACGGCGCAAGCUCGAGCGCAUCUCCAGGCUCGAGGACAAGGUCAAGCUGCUCAAGGGCGAGAACACCGAGCUGAGCGGCAUCGUCCACAAGCUCAAGGAGCACGUGUGCCGGCUUAAGGAGCAGGUCAUGGACCACGUGCACGCUGGUUGUCAGAUCAUGACUGUCAACAACCAGUUUUGAGGCUCCCGAUCGGUCUCCCUCCCCAAUCGAGGAAGGACGACGAACGAGCUAACCCUCGCCCCGCCCUCUCGAGGAUUCGCUGUCACCGUGCUCACCAUCUUCUUGCCCCAUCGCGAAGGUAGUUUUCGCGAUUAAAACGAACAGUGAACUUUCUUGCAACGGCCGGUGUGUGGUUGGAUCUCCUUUUCUACGAUUGCGUUCGAAAGGGAAAAUCUCGGCUGACGCCAUAAGCUUAUCGGAAACGUCUCUCUUCUUAUCUCAACCUCACGAAUUCUUUAUUUUUUUUUUUUACGAUACCAAGGAGAAAAAGAAUUAAGUUGAACUACGUCUUUCGGAUAUCGCCAAGGAGUUUGAGACAGAAGAGGCGGUAUCUUCGACGAGCGCAGGAUAAUCCCAUCGUCAUCCUGAAGAAGGAUCUUCGCAAAGGAGGGAGGGAGAAAAGGAGCGAGUCCAUCGUUCGCAUCAUGUUCGCCGUUUUCUCUCUUGGUUCUUUUGUGACAUGAUCGGGGAGGAGACGAUCACACAACGAUGGCAAGAACAGUAAGCAGCGGGCGGAGCAGGAGGAGAAGGAGAAGGAGGAGGAGGUGACGGUCGUGGUGGAGGAGGAGGAAGGAGUGCCUUCGUACACAACGUGAAACGUAAAGGAUGCUUUUAGGAGAGUGGCGGGCGUGCGCGCGUGCGUGUUGCGCGCAUGCGAAAGACUUUACACGCACGAGCACGCUCGGCGACGAGCGAAUGCGUGUAUCAUAUGCGAGAAAGAAAGAGAGAAUGUAUGUAACAAGGAGAAAAUGUAUGCAUGCAGAGAGAGAGAGAGAGAGAGAAAGGGAGAGGUAGCACGAGGGGGGAGUAUCGCGGCGGCCAUUUUGGAGAACGCGAGAGAACCGGCGGGAGAUUCAAAGCUACCGAAAGCUGUCCAAGUAAACAUCAACUAACAAUAACAUGAAUAUUAUAAUUUCACACUCAGUAAUGUAACUGUUAUAUACAACAUGUGUUAUAUCACAAAUCAUGUUUAUUUUUUACUGAAUACACUUUCGCGAGAGAGACAUUCGAGCAUUCCGCUAGUCUUGGAAACUUCUACCUUGGUGCAUACAAAUUGUUGUAUUAUAUAAUAUUACGUUAUAUUUACGUUAUUUUUAAUGUGAAAUCGUAACAUUGACGUUACGUUACUAUUGGUGUUUACUGGGUGAAGCUUUUUUCGUUCCUCCAUCUUUCUUCCCUUCAUUGUUGAGCAAGCGAUCAUGUCAUCCAACGAUUCGCUCCGUUUUCAAAUCAGAACGCUUGAAAUUUUGCAUCCAGGAACGAG